AUGACAGUCACACCAGAGGACUAUUACAGGAUCCUGCGGAUUCCCGUAGUAGGUGUGCUGCUACCGUAUGAGCAGUCGGAGGAGGGUGGUACAGAGGCUCUUCGCCGUAUUUUCCAUGAUGAGACGAUCUGCGCUCAGACCAGCUCCCCUUUCACCCCAAUUAGCGAAGUGGUUCAGCUGACUAAUAAUACAUUGGUUGACAUCAUUGGUGUUAUUGUAUAUGUUGGAGAUGUCAUCGCAAUUCAUAGGAAGGAUGGCAGUGAAAUAAAGAAGCAAGUUGUUAAAAUUAAUGAUCUCUUUGGUUCAACAAUUGAUGUCAAUCUGUGGGGUUUAGCAUCAGAACAAAGAGGCCGUGACUUAAAAAAUAUGUUGACCCCUGAUGCUGUACUUAUACUUGUUGUACGCAAUGUCCGUGUAGGGAACAUUAAUGGGAAGGUUGUCAAUAUGACAUCUGCAACAACAUUACAUAUUAAUCUUGCUUUCUCAGAGGCAGAACCCCUCAUGCUAAGAGGAUGUCUUCCAUUGCAUUCUCAUGAUUUCUCUGUAGGAUUUACGCAGAUUGAUGAAAGAUAUACUAGGAUGACUAUUGCAUCAAUCUAUGAAUGCAUGAGUGUCAAAUCAGAAACAAUUCAAACCACUAUACUUGUUCUUCUGAGAUUUGUGAACAUAAUAGAUAAAAAAUUAUAUUACGCAGCUUGCCCACUGAAAGUUAAUGAUAAACCUUGUAAAAAAAAAUGCACUCAACAGGUUGAUGAUUCAUGGUUUUGUCCUAGAUGUGAAAUGACCAUGGCAGAAUGCAAUUACAGUUAG